GCUUAAUUAUCCGCUAAUUGGGUUCCGGGAUUCGUCGGGAAAGUCGGGGUUCUGGAAGGGACUUGAGACAGCCAUGGGCAAGCAAAACAGCAAGCUGAAGCCGGAAGUGCUGGAGGACCUCAAACAGAACACUGAGUUCUCAGAUGCGGAGAUCCAAGAAUGGUACAAAGGAUUUCUAAAGGACUGUCCCAGCGGGCAUCUCAGUGUGGAGGAGUUCAAGAAAAUAUACGGGAACUUCUUUCCCUACGGCGACGCAUCGAAGUUUGCGGAGCACGUAUUCAGGACGUUCGACUCGAACGGCGACGGCACGAUCGAUUUUCGGGAAUUCCUCUGCGCCCUCAGCGUAACGUCCCGCGGCAAGUUGGAACAGAAAUUGAAGUGGGCCUUCAGCAUGUACGACCUGGACGGUAACGGUUACAUCUCGCGGCAAGAAAUGCUGGAAAUCGUAACGGCGAUCUACAAGAUGGUGGGCUCCGUGAUGAAGAUGCCGGACGACGAGUCGACGCCGGAGAAACGAACUGAUAAGAUAUUCCGACAGAUGGAUAAGAACAAGGACGGCAAGCUUUCGCUUGAGGAGUUUAUAGAAGGUGCAAAGAGCGACCCGUCUAUCGUGCGACUGUUGCAGUGCGAUCCUAGUGCACAAGCUCAGUGAGGCCCUGGGCCAAUACAGACAAGUACUGCUAUGCCAUCUGCAUAUCCGAAUCGGAGCCCGGCCCAAUUAGUAUCUCGUGCAGAAGCGACGCGAUCGUAGAACCCCGUCGACCGCCGCGCGACCGUCGGUCGAGGUCCGUUUAAGAAGCCGCCAAGACGCCGUCCCCGCGUGUCAGAUCCUCUUCUAAUCGCAAAAGCUGUAAGUCGUCCUGAUCACGGACAACUUAUCUAUUAACCCACUUGGAUUAUUUUUAAUAAUUAACUGUUCAUGUAACGGCCAAGUCGUUUUACAAGGAUACUUCGUCCCGAGAGAAUAUGAAAUAUACCAUGCUUGCUAGGUAAGCGAAUUACCUUGUGCUUUAGCGUUAGAUUACGACAUGGGAAGUAGAGAAUGCCAUUAUCGAUUUUAUCUUAUUGACAUCAGCGGAGUAAUAUUCGCUGUUUAAUUGUCCAAAGUUACCGUCUCUCAGCCGGUAGAUACUUUACGUCGGAGAUAUUUUAGAGAAGCAUACGCAUCCUAGGUUUAAACUCGUUCACUGGAUCAUCAGUAUCUCCGAAGAUAUCAAUGUUGAUGAUAGUUAGACAAGUUUGAUCGCCUAUCACAAGCGAGGGCAUCGUCUAGGCGGUUUCUUGCGGAUGUUCUGGAAUCGCGCGCGCUCUCUGCAUUCUCAUCAGGCACGCACAAGUAGGUGGUGCCGGCGAGAUUUGCUGCAAAUUGGGCCGGUAACCGACAGGUCCAGGGUCACUGGGCCCAUGGCGCUUGCGCAUACCGCAAGCUAGUCGACAAGACUAGUCCAGUCGCUCCGUUUCGUUGACGGAUCGGUUUAGCGAGAAGCUUGUUAUGCCUUUUCGGUCGUGCAGAAGCCACGUGCACUACGCAAGACGGAAAGACCUGCGGAGCCAUUCGUGCCCCGUGUAUGAGAGAAAGAGAGAGAGAGAGAGAGAGAGAGAGAGAGAGAGAGAGAGAGCCGUGACGCAGAACGCGAGCAGAAACGACUCUCCGGCCCGACGUUGCGUCGACGCUGCCGACGAGUUUCUUCGGCGGUCGUGAGCACCGGUAACUGACGGACGCCUCACAACUGUCGAAGUAGUCGGGGAACGAUCAGUGAAAUUCUAAAAGACUGUGUUCGUAAAUAGCCGCGGUCCCCGGCAGCGCGUGUGCGCGACGGGCUUCGACUCGAACGUCGACUCCGAAGUUUCCUCAUCGUUUUUUGCGUCUCUCUCCCCUCCUCUCUCUCCGGACGAGGAAGCGCGUGAUCGAGCGGGUCGCGCGCCGCAGCGCAAACCUUGUACAUACGAGCGAGGUCGUGUCACAUCGACGUAAUCUCGAACUGCGGCGUCUCGCCUCGGACUCGGUCGUCCUCGCGCGAAGCCCCGCGGGUCUCUCUCGCUUCUCUGGUAGCGCGCCGUGGCGCCGUCGUCCUUGCGCAUUGCCCGCAUCGCGCUCUGCUGCGGUAUUCGAGUCUCGGGGUCGAACGUUAUCCAUCUCAAAAUACAUGGACACACACACGGUACGGCAUCAUCCGGCCCUCACGGACCUCAAGUGUCUCACGUCACGGCCCCAUCAUCACGGACUGAACCUCACGCGGAAACGGAAAGGACUCACGUGAACACACACACUCACGCACACGUACACACACAAAAAAACACACACACACACACACACACAUACACAAUCGCGCGCGGCUGUUUCGCCGCGCUAGCAACGAAACUUUUAGUGAUUUUAGAGAUUCGCGAGGAGGCAAAGGUCACUGCAAAAUCGAAAUUGCGCCGAUGCGUACGCGCUUCGCUAGCUCUAAACGCGCUUAGAGACCGACCUAGAGCUUGAUCCAGCGGAAAAGGAAGACAAGCGUAUGACGCGACACGUCAAACGUCGUCGUUGUCGUCGUCGUGGCCGUCAUGUCAACGGAUGCGUCGCGCUCUCUCCUGCCGAAGAUGCUGCGGAAACCACGCUCGAUCUCGACAUAGGAAGGAGAGCGAUUGUUAGCCCUUCGCGCCAUCUCAGCGACGCGAAGACCGCAAUUGCUGUUCGAUGAAAGCCAGCCGGAAAGAGUUUGCCCUUUACAUUAUACUGUUACUCACCUCGCCGUCAUUUUGAAUCGCUCCUGGUGACCUUUGUCGUUACGAUGGCGUAGUAAGAUAAACAUCUCUCGGAUAGCAUGAAAAAGCUCCGGCUUCUUUCCAAUUUCGCUAAUGGAAAGCGAAACAGCCUUGCCGAUCAGAGCGACUGGUCCUCAGCUUUAGCGAAAGCUUCGCCGAGCGACUGACGGACGAAAAAGAAGGAACUUUACGCGCACGCGUGCUGUGGUUAAAGAUUUAUUUUUGUGAAUGCAUGCGUCCGUACUAUGAGCGUGUAAAUGUGCGUAUAUAUCUGCCUGUGCGUAUGCGCGCGUGUCCCGAUAUGGAAGCGAAUAUGGAAGCGAAAGAAAGGAAGGUAGGAAGGAAAAGAGAAAAGAGAAAGAAAGACGGCUCGUGCGGGCUUGAUCGCCUCGCCGUCCGAUUAGUUUCGAUCGAUCGAUCGCGCGAUAUAAUUAUAAUAUAUACAUAAAUCUAUAUAUAUAUAUAUAUAUAUAUAUAUAUAUUAUAUGCAUACAGUUUUAUUGUAUUGAUCAGACGAUGUAGAGAGAGAGAGAGAGAAAGAGAGAGAGAGAGAGGACGCGGCGGGAUCGCGAUUUAUACGUUACGCGAUUCCCGCAUGAAGCAGCAGCGGAGAUCGACGUGUUACAGUUUUAACGGCGGUUCAUUAAUUACCGCACGAUCGGCCGGUCGAGUAUAAUCAAUUGCGGAGCAAACACGAGUGCGAGCGACCUACGUUUGUGUUUUUCGGUGUACGAGCGCUACGAGGAGGGCAGUGACUUCCGACGACUCAUAGUUAGCUUGCCGAAAGGGAUGGAUCUUUAUUAAGUUAUUUUCAGUUAGCUUCUUUCCUUUUUUGCGCGGCUUCAUCACUUCAUCGCAUCUUCUCUUUUUUUGUCCUUUUUUUUUAGUGCCUCCCUAUCUUCUUAAUCUCUCGUCGACUUGUCCUCUCUCCUGUCUCCUGCGAACACGUUCGUCGUGAUCACCUUUCGACACACGAUCGAUAUUUCCGGAAGUAAACACUUUCGUUGAGCUGUGCGCUCCCGACGGGGCACCCGGUUCAACGUAUCGUGAUGUUAACAACGUGGUGAUGAAACUAGUACUAAAAAGAAAACAAAAAUUCGAACCCUACAUGCGGCCAGUUACGCGGGCAGUAUUGUGUUUUGUAGACGCGCGUUAUACAGAGAUGCAAAAAAAGAGAAAGAUAUAUAUAUAUAAAUAAUAUACAUAUAAAUACACACACACGUAUAGAGAUAUAUAUACACACAUACACACACACAUACACACAACGCGUAUCUAUAUUAUAAUAUAUCUCUAUAUUGUACUUUCUCUAAGAUGUACAUCUAUUCACCUCGUGCUCAUUAAUAUUUAAGGAUAAAGACUAUUUAAUAAUAUCUCUAAUCUUCUCAAUAAUAGUCAUUGUAUAAACAAGUAUGAAUAACCACACACAUUAGUAUUAAUAUAUACAUACAUAUAAAAACAUAUUACAUUAAGGUAUUUUAAAAAAGUUACUCUUGAACUUUUCCGGUUAUACACUAAAUGGAAAGAUGUUAUUCUGUAAAGAGAUAUCGGAACAGUGACGGAAAGCUUUGCAUGUGUGGUGAACGAAAUCUUAGCGCAGGAUUGCCAGAGUACGUCCCGUUAAAAGAGAAAUUGAACGGCAGUUACACUGAGAUGCGGUCAACUGUACCUUAAAAUAAAACAAAGCACAUAAGCAAUAAAGUGAAAGAAAAUAUCUAUAUUAAAAUUCGCACGACACGUAAAAGCGGAUCGAGACGGCGCUGUUUUAAUAAUGCAUGCCUCUUUCAUAGCUAUCGCUAAACAAAUAUUAUCCGAUUCGUCGAAACACGAGCGAUAUCAAAAUGAUCACGAUCGUUGGAAAGGAAAUAAGACGUGAAAGGAAAAGAGAAAGAAAUAAAAUUGGAGAUUUUGGAAAUUGUUUGUUCGAAGAGGAACGUCUCGUGUCGUCUUAAAACCGCAAAGUCCAUGCGAUAAUUCGUGCGAAUUUCCUUGGGAUUUUCUCAAACUCAAAUUUCCUUGAGAUUUCUUCGUAUCAGUUUUCUUCAUAUCAGUUUUCUUUCCACAUGCAAAGUCACCAUUCUCUAUCAAAGAAACAAAUCAUAUACAAAUCAUAUUUUCAUAAUCAUUCAGAUUUGGUCCGAUUCGUUUGUUAAUUUAGCGCAAAAGUCGUUGUUACUUUCUGCGAGAGCGUAAUUGUACCUUGCGUAUUUCGUCGUCACUAUAAUUUACGUCACACACACGAUGCAACGUCAACAGAAACGUUCGCGCAAACUUACAAGUCUCGCACCACGCGACAUAGGAGGAUUAAAAUCACAUAAAAAAGGAUUUAUUGUUUUGAUCAAUUUCAAAUAUGUUCCGAAUCAACACAGAUUAAUUUUUUACGAUAACCUUGUUAUUCACUGAUACGCUUUAAUAACAGAUUGUACGAUUGACAGAUAAGAGAACCGCAUGAGCCGCGCGAACGUCAAUUGCCAUUACGAAGCGCGACCACGCGUAACGCGAACCGCUUCAGUCGACGUUACAUCGGCUAAGAGCGCACCGACAAAUAUUUCCCGACACAACCAGGAAUGUGUACAAAGCGCAAGUGCAUUGCGACAAGUAGAGAAUCGAAAAGUGCUGAGAUCAGGUAGAACAAAAAAGACAAAUGUGUGUUCGCACGCGUGCUCAUUCGCCGUAUAUAUAUCUAAACGUUGUAACGUAUCGUCUCGUGAAUGCUCGUGCGAAGUGUCAGCCUCGUCGCGAAGUCGCUUGUUUGUGUCCGCCUUCGUUGUCCUAGUCCUGGAUAACGGCGAGAGCAGUUCAGUGCAAGGUGCAGACAAAGGUGCUCGCAUUGUUCCCGACGUAGACGCGAGAGACGAUUCGCCGCGCGAGUGUUCACGAGACGGAAAUCGCGGCGUGAUUAAGUCUAGGUCUACUCUCAUUCCCCGUUGCGUGGACGUCAAUUGAAGUGUAAGAAUUCGCUGAAAAAGAGCAACGUUUGCUACGUCAAAUACUUUAUUCCCGCGAACUGUAUGCCUUCGUUACGUCAUAUCCAAGACGAUAUCCAAACAACAUAAACGCACAAGAGGCCUCUGAGGACGCCUAAAAGCACUCGAAAGAUAUCCGAAGGAUACUCCGCUGUUGAAGCUCCGCAAUUUAAGUUGAUCAAUCGAUCGCGUCAAAUUAUCCUUUCGCCUCGUCUACACCGAAAAUAAAUAUCUGAGAAUUUGUUUGUGUGUGGAGUAUAAAGUUUAUUUCCGUGAAUAAACUCUAUAUCCUACUAUCAGGCAUUUUUUCUCAGUGUGCUGUAAUUUGUGUAAUUAAUUUGAAAACUACAUCGAAGAGACGUCUUUGUCACGUCGUUGGAUGUUCCUUGAUGGUGUCUGAGAGACGAAGACGUCUCUUGCCUUCGCUUUGUGUUGUCUGGAUGGUGCACGCAGAAACGGAUGCACCCGGCGUGUCCUUAUGAGUGCUUGUUCGUUUCUCGUCCGUGACGUCGACGAACGUUAGGUCUCGGCGGACCGCUCGUCGCGGCGACGAUUGGAAAUGAAUCGCGCGAGAAAAGAACUGACCCCGUCUCCAGGCGCAAAAGAUGGGACGAAGUCCGAUUUUGCCGUCACGCGACGCGAGCUAUUAGUGACGUUUAGCGAAGCCAUUGAUCAGAAUCGCGGGAGAAGCGUGCUACACGCGACAGAAUCCCACUUUCACUCUUUUGAUAUAAUGUAAAGAAAAAGAAAAAAAAGAAACCGAGAUCAAUCUCAUCGUCAGCACGUUUUUCGCACAUCUGUAGUGACUAUAGGCUUAAAAUCAUUCUAUCUCGGGCGGCGUCACGGCUUAUUCUCGCGCGAUUUGAUCGUGUCCGAUCGUGCGCUACGAAUUCCCGGAUGAAAUGGCACUGCUCGUGAAACACAUUGCGCGUCGUGCUCGUGAACGUGUUUUUUCGGUCUCGGGAGAAGAACAGAGAAACGGUGCCUGCGACGAGAAGCCGCGAACGAAAUCGCAGAGUCGCGAAGACGAAUUACAAAGUCCUCCGACUCGUCUCGACCGGCAAAACGGAAAGUGUUCGGGUGUCGCCUAGCUGUGAGAAAAGCUGGCGCCGCGGCGCGAAUACGCGCGGACAUCCGGUAGUUUCGCUCGUGUCGUUUAUGUAUAUUCCUCGUGUCGAGACGUGACUAUUUCAUAGGAGGAAAGACGGUUGUGAUAGCGCGUUCAGCGACGUGGCUGCGUCGCCGUUUCGAACGCGCGCCUAGAUCACGCGAACGCGAACCGCGCCAUUUUUUCCCGAGAGCAUGCGUACAUUUCUUGUUCCCCCUUCCCCUCCACUUUCCAUUUCCCCGCAAAGUUUUCUCGUUUCCGCCUGAUGCACAUACCUCCGCAUUCCAACAUCCGUAUCCGAUACGAUCGCGAGAUACGGAAGAAACGCGCACCGAAGCGCGAAAGCUUCUCCAAUUUUACUCACACUCACACUGUCUCUCUCUUUCUCUUUUUCUCUCUCUCUCUCUCUCUUUCUCUUUCUGCCUCUUCUCUCUUCUCUUUCCUUUUCUCCUCUAUCGCGAAUCAAUCUCCUCUUUUCCGUCAUCGGAAAGUUACAGGGCGACAGUUCGAGAAAAGUUGCUUCACAAGAAGACGUGCGCCGAAAGAGAAGAAAGAAAAAGAGGCCUUAACAGGGGGAGGAGGGAAAGAUAGGAAUAUGUAUAUAUAGGAAAGCGCGCGAAAAAGGGGUUCGGUUACGUUCGUCGAAGCGGGACGAGUAUCGAUAACGUUGGGCUGCUCGUGUUUGUCGUGAUAUUUCUUCCUAAAUUAAGAUGUACGAAGUUAAGAAUCAAUAUGAAACGUUACUAGUUUCUCAUGUUAUUAUCAGCGUAUAUUAUGGACCCGUGGACGACGACAACGCGGUAAAUAAAAUAAAAUAAAAAGAAAAAUAGAAAAGAAAAAAAGUCAAACGUAUGAAGGAGACGUGAGUUCUUUCGGAAUUAACUAUCUAUCGCAUUCUUAUAUUCCAAUAUCCCGUUCUAUCUAACUACUAACGAUUAUUUCUCUCGCCUAAGAAUCGUUCUACUAGCGUUCUCGACUACUUAGAGUUUCUCCCCCUUUUAGAAUUAUUAUCGAUGACGAGUAACCGCGAGUUGAUCGCUUAAUAUCGAGGAUUUAUCGGCGCACUCUAUGUCCCGCAUUAAUAAUUGUUACUUGAAAAGUAACUCACGUAUCACUGUAUCUCACGUGAGAUACUUUGAUCUGUACAAUAGUUAAUACUUGAAACUUGUCUCUAGUGAGAUACUCAGACUUUAAUACAGUGUUAGACGAGAAUUUGUCAAUUGAAUCGCGCGAUUACAGACAUAAAUAUCACAUAUAUUAUAAUUAAAUUGAGAAACUUAGAUCGAAAUCUGAAUAAAAAUCUGAGUAUUUUACAUGAAACAAGUUUCAUGUGGCGGCUACUAAUACUGAGAUCUGUAUUUAGAGACGGAUUUGAGUUUUUCAAUUAAAGCGCGUUCUAUGCGUGAGAUUAUAUCAAUAAUUCCAAUUUAAUUGAAAAAACUCACAUCAAACUCUAAAUUCAAAUCCCAUUUGAAACUUGUCUCACAUAAGAUACCCAGAUCUGAAUUUAGAGUUAGAUCCGAGUUCAUAAAUUAAAUUUUAUGUGACAUUGCGUUUGCAAUCGCGAUUAAAACCGGAAAAUCCUGAUCUAACUCUAAAUUGAAAUCUGAGUUUUCUACUUGUGAUGAAGUUUCACGUGAUGACUAUUGAUACGGGAUUUACGUCUAGUGCGCUAUAUAUACUUCUAUACGAAUAAUCGCCGACUCUUAAGAAGACCUAUGCCUCAAAACUUUUCUCCGCACCUUCUUGCCAAGAUGUUCUAGUAUCUACUAGAUAACGUUCGUUGGAAGCGCAUAGCUCACGAGUUAAUUGAAGCUCCUCUCUGUACUCUCUGUCGCCCUUGAGAAUUUUGAGGGAGAGAGCCGAUACGCAAAGGCGCAUUCGGCGCGCGCUUGCGACGAAUGGAUCGAAAUAACGGAAAGAGCACCGCGAUGAUCAGGAGAUAAUGUCGAAUAAUCUCGUUUAAUCGAGUUACGCGAGCUUGGGCAAACUGCUAAAAUCACCCGGCGCAUUCUCCUCCGCGUUCUCUCGCGGAACUGAAAUUUCCCCGAAGUUCGCACACGAGCACUUUCUUCCGUUCAACUACGACUCGAGCGCGUCUGUUUCCUUCUUUCACUUUUUCUCUUUCUUUUCUUAUCGUGUCGUCUUUUACUGUUCUUUUACCAAUAGUUGCCUGCAAUUAUCCACUGUGUUCAAGUGUGAAAUUUAUAUUUGCCCUGCUUUGUAAUUCGGAUCUUGUUUCGUUCGUAAACACUUCGCAUUCAAUCGCAGCAUUUCGGAGACCGCUUCGCGAGCUAAGCGACUCGAAAGUCUAACAAACAUGAAAGUUAACUACGGAAGAGUCCGUAAUUAGAAUAUUACACAAGUUUCGAACCAGUGCCGAUGUUUUUUCUCGUAGAUGAGACGCAACAAAAAAGAAAAAAAAAUAAAAACGUAGACGUUCUACGGUAGAGGACUUAAUCUCUUUCUCUUACGUGUAAAUCAAAACCUACUCAAUCUCUCCACUCUCUCUCCUUCUCACUCACUCACUCUCUCUCUCUCUCUAUUCAUAUGUUUUUUCACGAUCUUCUUGAUAUGUCGCUCGGUGUCUUUACGGUAUCCCCGUUUUAAUAGUCAUGAAAAUGAUCGCUGUAUAAACCUUCUCCUACAAAAGUUUUUCCUCUAAAAUUCCGAACCGAUCAUUACUGAUGUCUAACGUAUUUCGACUUUCGACGCUCUAACUCCUAUUCCCACUAUAUUUACGCGAACAGCGUAACUUAUCGUUACUUUUACAUGUGUUUCUAUGAGGUGCUAAGUACCAAGUGUACGAGCUAUAAGUGCGUGUUUUGUCAUACUGUUUCGCUCGGCAGAGAUACUUUGUCAAACUUUCGCAUAACCGCGUCCCGAAAGCUGCUCCUUCCAAUACUAUGAAAUCGCACCCCGAUGUUCAUAUCUCUCUCGUUUGUUAAGACAAGUGUCGAAAUCCAUCAAAGUCCAAAUCGCCGACCAAACAAAAUUCCGAGUCGAAUAGAAAUCUCGGGCAUUGUCGUUAGAAAACGCGAUUGUCGGCGCGGCCGAUGCGAAAGUUACGCGACAGAGUUUUGUAAUGUAGCAGUGUCAAUCCGCGGAUCGUUGAUUACACCGAUUGUUUUUAUUCUCAGGAGUCAGUUAAUUUUAUUGUCGGUUUGUUCUUCUCCUAUUAUUCGAAAACGCGCAACGCGGUGUAAUGUAUGCGUGAUAAUACAUGCUAACGUCGUACAAAAAUGAAUAAUACGAAAAUCAAAGCGCACUCUCCGUUUCCUUGCGUUCUCGUACCGACAGCGGAACACCGGUAAGAUAUUAACGUUAUGUAUAUGAUGAUCGUGAGGUGUUAUAAAAAGAAAUUUUUAUUUGCUUUACGCCUUAUACAUAUAAGUGAUAAUUAUUACUAGUUGUUUACUAUAAAUAAGAACGAAUCACUUGUGUAUCAGUUAAAUUGCUACAUUAAAGUGUUGAUAUUA